GAUCCCCGAGGUAGCCGCCGCAGUCCACUUGUCCCUAGCGGCCCCCGCGGGGAUGGAAGGCAGAGAGGCUGCAGGAGGCGAGUGCUUCCCAAGCCGGAUCUGAGCAAGCGCUCGCUUGCCCUCCAGCAGCCUGGGAUGGCAGCCCGAAAGAACCACCACCCGAUUCGGGAGAGGUACCAGCUUCCUCCUGCAGCAGGAAACCACAAAAUUCAACCCUGGACAGCAGUGACAAAUCAAGCUUUAGAUGUUGCAUGGAGAACUGUAAAAGGACCAGUGAGGCUGGGCAUAUCGUUUCUUGCUGCCACCCUCUGCUACUUCAGAAGCCUGUAUUUAUAUUUAGGACAUCGCUUAAAAUGGUGGAGUGGAUACCUGCAGAGAAAAUUCAAAAAGAACCUCAGUGUGGAGGCAGAAGUUGAUCUCCUUGGUUAUUGUGCAAGAGAAUGGAAAGGAGAAACAAGUCGAGCCAAGCUGAUGAGGAAGGCUUAUGAGGAACUCUUUAGUCGUCAUCAUGUUAAAUGUAUUCGGCAAGUCAAAGGAGAUAACUAUGAUGCAUUAAGAUCAGUCCUAUUUCAGAUAUUCAGCCAAGGCCUCUCACUUCCAUCUUGGAUGAAAGAAAAAGAUAUCGUAAAGCUUCCUGAAAAGCUUCUCUUUUCACAAGGUUGUAAUUGGAUUCAACAAUAUAGCUUUGGCCCGGAGAAAUAUACAGGUCCAAAUGUGUUUGGAAAAUUACGUAAAUGUGUGGAAUUAUUAAAGACUCAGUGGACAGAGUUUAGUGGUAUUAAGGACCAGCACAAGAGAGGGAACAUGUGUAACAGCCUUUUUUCUGAUGAGAGUCUGGAAUAUAAACUUUAUGAAGCUUUAAAAUUCAUUAUGUUAUAUCAAGUCAUCGAAGUGUAUGAACAAGUGAAGAGUGAAAAGGCCAUUCCCAGUCUUUAUCGCCUCCUGUUUUCCAGGGAAACGUCCUCAGAUCCUUUAAGUUUCAUGAUGAAUCACCUGAAUUUUAUAGGUGAUACAUGUGGAUUACAACAGAUUGACAUGUUGAUUCUUGGACACUCUCUGGAAGUCAGGAUAAAAGUAUUUAGACUGUCUAAAUUUAAUACCAAGGACUUUCAAGUCUACUAUCCAGAGGAACGCCACAGGGAAUGGCCUGAGAUUUGCCUUCUGACUGAAAAUGACCGCCACUACCAUAUUCCUGUAUUUCAAGUGUAAGAUGGAAUUGGUACUAUUGCCUACAAUAGCAAUGAACAUGCUUAAAAUAAAUUAUUGCAUGAAAACCAAAGCUUUUAUCUGACUACUGAAGGAACUGAACCUUUUUCUGCCUUCUGAAGUUAUAGGCCUGUUGUGAUGGAAUAAGACCCAUGUUGUUCUUUUGCGUAUGUGAUUUCUUCAAAAGCAACCAAGAACUGGGAUUUAUCUGUUUGUUUUUGAUCUAGUUCAUAAUGGAUUUGGUUGUUUAAAAUACUUUUGAAUCACACAAGUUAACAAAAAUGUACCUACAGUGAAUCUAAAAAAACUGGCCUUUUCAAAGUCUAUAACCUGAAAGUAUUGGGAUAUUGUUAAUCUUAAAGUAAGCAAAAGAAAAUGACCUUUCAGGAAUCUUUCCAUAUGCUGAUUAUGGGUUGAUAAGGCCUUAGUAUGAACAUCAUCACCUCCAUCCAUCAAGAAGCUUCAUGGUACUUUGGUUUUCUAGAACCACUUGUUUGACUUUUUAAAAGGAAAAAAAAAAGAGUGAGCAAAUGGGGAAACUACUUUUAUGCUAUGUUGUAUGAAUUGUUUUAGAUUGUUUUCAACUUUUGUGGCUAGUUCUGAUUGGUUUAACAUUAUGUGUGCAAAAAUGAAUGUUCGUAUUAAAUAUAUUCCAUAGUUUAAAGCAAACAGAAUACAGAUACUGUACUGUUUCUGAAAUGUCAAGCUGUUUCAAGCUUUUAUGCAUCGUAUGCAUUUUUAAUAUGGAAUUACAUGCUCUUUGAUGUUUCUCUUUGUAUUUAAUGCUAUUUUCAAUGACAGCAUUUGUCU